CUGUCUUUUGGGGAGAUAUUGCCUUAGAUGAUGAAGACUUAAAAAUCUUUCAAAUUGACAGGACGAUUGACCUUACGCAGCACUCCAACGAACGACUUGGCCAUAACACAGGUGGCUUUGGAGAGCAUGGAAUGUCAAAAAACCGUGGUGCCCUCUAUCAGCUUAUAGAGAGAAUAAGAAGAUUUGGCUCUGGUUUUGAGCAAAAUAAUACAUCUAAAGGAAGAACUACUGUAAAAUUCUCGGGGAAAAAUGAGAAAAACCGUUUUCCCAGAGCUGCUACAUCACGAACAGAAAGAAUAUGGCCAGGGGGUGUCAUUCCAUAUGUAAUAGGUGGAAAUUUCACUGGCACCCAGCGCGCCAUGUUCAAACAGGCUAUGCGGCACUGGGAAAAGUACACGUGUGUUACAUUUAUUGAACGAAGCGAUGAAGAAAGCUAUAUUGUAUUUACAUACAGACCAUGUGGGUGCUGUUCUUAUGUGGGUCGAAGGGGAAAUGGACCUCAGGCUAUAUCUAUUGGCAAGAACUGUGAUAAAUUUGGCAUAGUUGUCCAUGAGUUGGGUCAUGUGAUAGGUUUUUGGCAUGAACAUACCCGACCAGACCGUGAUGACCAUGUUACCAUCAUUAGAGAAAACAUCCAGCCUGGUCAGGAAUAUAACUUCUUGAAGAUGGAGCCUGGAGAGGUGAAUUCCCUUGGGGAACCAUAUGACUUUGACAGCAUUAUGCACUAUGCCAGGAACACCUUCUCAAGGGGCAUGUUUCUGGAUACCAUUCUCCCUUCCCGUGAUGAUAAUGGUAUACGACCUGCCAUUGGCCAACGUACUCGUCUAAGUAAAGGAGAUAUUGCACAGGCAAGAAAGCUGUAUAGAUGUCCAGCCUGUGGAGAAACACUGCAGGAAUCUACAGGCAACUUUUCUUCUCCUGGAUUUCCAAAUGGUUAUCCUUCCUACACACACUGCAUAUGGAGAAUCUCUGUGACCCCAGGAGAGAAGAUUGUUUUAAACUUCACCACCAUGGACCUUUACAAGAGCAGUCUCUGUUGGUACGACUAUAUUGAAGUAAGAGAUGGCUACUGGAGAAAAUCCCCUCUGCUUGGCAGGUUUUGUGGUGACAAACUGCCAGAAGUCCUCGCAUCCUCAGACAGCAGGAUGUGGAUCGAGUUCCGCAGCAGCAGCAACUGGGUUGGGAAAGGUUUUGCAGCAAUUUAUGAAGCUAUCUGUGGAGGUGAAAUCCACAAAAACGAAGGCCAGAUCCAGUCUCCCAAUUAUCCUGAUGACUACAGGCCAAUGAAGGAAUGUGUGUGGAAAAUAACAGUGUCAGAAAACUACAAUGUAGGAUUAACCUUUCAAGCAUUUGAGAUUGAAAGACAUGACAACUGUGCAUAUGACUACUUAGAAAUUCGAGAUGGAACAAAUGAGAACAGUCCUUUAAUUGGUCACUUUUGUGGCUAUGACAAGCCAGAAGACAUUAGAUCUACCUCUAAUACCCUGUGGAUGAAGUUUGUUUCUGAUGGAACUGUUAACAAAGCAGGGUUUGCAGCUAACUUUUUUAAAGAGGAAGAUGAAUGUGCCAAACCUGACAAUGGUGGCUGUGAGCAGCGCUGUGUGAAUACUCUGGGCAGUUACCAGUGCGCCUGUGAUCCUGGCUAUGAACUUGGUCCUGACAAAAAGAGUUGUGAAGCUGCUUGCGGGGGACUCCUGACAAAGCUAAAUGGGACUAUUACCACACCAGGGUGGCCCAAAGAGUAUCCUCCAAACAAAAACUGUGUGUGGCAGGUGGUUGCCCCAACGCAAUACCGAAUUUCAAUGAAGUUUGAGUUUUUCGAGUUAGAAGGGAAUGAAGUUUGCAAAUACGAUUAUGUGGAGAUUCGCAGUGGCCUUUCUUCUGAUUCUAAGCUACAUGGUAAAUUCUGCGGUACAGAAGUGCCUGAAGUUAUAACCUCUCAGUACAACAACAUGCGAAUUGAGUUUCGAUCUGACAACACUGUGUCAAAAAAAGGCUUCAAGGCACACUUCUUCUCAGACAAGGAUGAGUGUUCAAAGGACAAUGGUGGCUGCCAGCAUGAGUGCAUCAACACAGUAGGAAGCUAUGUUUGCCAGUGCAGAAAUGGAUUUGUGCUACAUGAAAAUAAACAUGACUGCAAGGAAGCUGAGUGUGAACAGAAGAUCCACAGUCCCAACGGUAUCAUCACAAGUCCCAACUGGCCUGACAAGUAUCCCAGCAGAAAGGAGUGCACGUGGGAAAUCAGUGCCACCCCUGGGCAGAGAGUCAAACUGACCUUCAAUGAAUUUGAAAUAGAACAACAUCAAGAAUGUGCUUAUGACCACUUGGAAGUGUUUGAUGGUGAAAGUGAAAAAUCACCAAUCCUGGGACGCUUCUGUGGCAGUAAGAUACCAGAUCCUCUUAUUGCUACUGGAAACAAAAUGUUUCUCCGCUUUAUUUCUGAUGCAUCAGUUCAAAGAAAAGGCUUUCAAGCAACGCACUCUACAGAUUGUGGUGGUCGGUUGAAAGCUGAAACCAAGCCUAAAGAUCUGUACUCGCAUGCUCAGUUUGGCGAUAACAACUACCCGGUUCAGGCAGACUGUGACUGGCUCCUGGUGGCAGAGCGUGGCUAUCGAGUUGAGUUAAUGUUUCAGACUUUUGAGGUUGAAGAAGAGGCAGACUGUGGUUAUGAUUACGUGGAGCUCUUUGAUGGUCAUGAUAAGACAGCUGUGAGACUUGGUCGAUUUUGUGGAUCUGGGCCACCAGAAGAAAUUUUUUCAGCAGGGGAAGCUCUUUUACUUCACUUUCACACUGAUGAUACAAUCAACAAGAAAGGAUUUCAUAUACGAUAUAGAAGUAUAAAAUAUCCAGAUAGUGUGCACACCAAAAAAUAACACAAGAACCUCUAUGCCAGAAAAGGAGAGUGAGAAAGAAAGAACGCACAGUGAAAAGGAAGGAGGGCGUGUCAUUUUUUGAAAAAAAACUCAAGUUAUUAGCACAAAUGUUUUAUGUAAGUUCA